AUGCCGAUGGGAAGAUUUCUAUCUCUGGUUCGAGGAGAAUCGGCUGAGCCACCUCGUGAGAUUACCUCACACAGUAAUCUCAUCGGCGAGUCUGGUUCUAAUGGUUGGCUUAUUAGGUUUUUCGAUUCUGCUUUCUUCUGUGAGUGGAUUGCAGUCAGUUAUCUGUACAAGCACCCACAUGCUGGUGUUAGGGAUUACUUAUGCAAUAGGAUGUAUACACUUCCCUUGUCAGGUAUUGAGAGCUAUCUGUUCCAGAUUUGCUACAUGAUGGUUCACAAACCAAGCCCAUCUCUUGAUAAGUUUGUAAUAGAUAUCUGUGGCAAGUCACUGAAAAUUGCACUGAAAGUGCAUUGGUUUUUGUUGGCUGAGCUGGAGGAUUCUGAUGAUAAUGAAGGCAUCAGCAGGAUUCAAGAGAAGUGCCAAAUUGCAGCUACUUUGAUGGGUGAGUGGUCUCCACUUAUGCGUCCACAGAAUGAGGUCUCAACCCCUGGGAGCAAGAAUCAGGUCCUAAGUAGACUUUUGUCAUCAAAACAGAAGCUAUUUUCUUUGAAGUUAUCUCCUCCCACCCAGAAGUCUUUGUCAUUUUCACCUUCGCCAGGGGCCAUCGUACACGAUGAUGGUAGUCAAUUACCUGCUGAGGACAAUAAGAUUUUUAAGAAACUUAUCCCAAGCCCUAAAGUCAGAGAUGCUUUAAUGUUUAGAAAGUCAGUUGACAAAGAUGAUGAAGAGAGUGAAAAGGAAGGAUUCUUCAAGAGGCUCAUGAGGGACAGCAAAGGUGACGGUGAUGAACCAACAUCUAAUUCAGAGGGUUUCUUUAAGCGCCUUUUGAAAGACAAUAAAUCAGAAGAUGAGGACAUAACAAACAGUUCCGAGGGUUUCUUCAAAAGGCUCUUGAGUAGCAAAGGCGAAAGUGAGGAAUUGACAUCGAGUUCAGAUGGGCUGUUUAAGAGGUUGUUACGAGAUAACAAGGGCGAUGAAGAGGAAUUGAGUGCAAACUCGGAGAGUUUCUUCAAGAGGUUAUUACGGGAAAAUAAAAACGAGGACGAGGAGUCAAAUGCAAACUCAGAAGGGUUCUUCAAGAAACUAUUCCGUGACAGCAAACCUGAGGAAGAUAAAGUUCCUAAAGCAAUGGAUGAUGAGGACAAAGAUGGGUUCCUGAAGAAACUUUUCAAGGAAAAAUUUGAUGACAAAAGACAAGGUAAUGAAAAGAAUGAGACCAAUGGAACAGUGCUUGCUGAUGAUAAAGCUGGUGAAGAGGAUGAAAGGGAGGGGUUUUUUAAAAAGUUCUUUAAGGAUAAGCCUGACGACAAGAAAGACACUGUCAAAGCCGAUGAUGGGAAUGAAAGCGAUGGUGAUGAAUCUCCAGAAUUUUCUCUGUUCAAAAGAUUAUUCCGUAUACAUCCAGAAGAUGCAAAACCUACUUCAGAAAAUGAAAAUAGCAGCAAUGGCUUAGUUGAAAGCAGUCCUGGGACAGAGAACUUUUUCCGUAAACUGUUCAGAGAUCGUGACCAGUCUGUUGAAGAUUCUGAACUAUUUGGAUCAAAGAAACACAAGGAGAAGAGGCCAGGUUCACCUAAACAGCGAGAUGAUACUCCAUCUGGUAAGCCCCCACUACCAAACAAUACCGCAUCACAGUUCAGAAAAGGUGCUUACCAUGAAUCGUUGGAGUUUGUACAAGCGCUGUGUGAAACAUCAUAUGGUUUGGUAGAUAUUUUUCCCAUCGAAGAUCGGAAGUUUGCUCUUCGGGAGUCUCUUGCAGAGAUCAAUUUUCAUUUAUCUGAAGCUGAAACCACCGGAGGAAUUUGUUUUCCAAUGGGGAGAGGAGUUUAUCGUGUUGUUCAUAUUCCUGAAGACGAAUCCAUUCUUUUGAACUCUAGGGAAAAGGCACCGUACAUGAUCUCCGUAGAAGUUUUGAAAGCGGAAACACCCAGUGCUAAAGAUACAUCUAACUCCCAGAAGUUAUCUAAAGGUGGCAUUCCAUUGGCAAACGGAGACGCAUUCUUGCAAAAGCCACCCCCAUGGGCAUAUCCACUAUGGACUACUCAGGAGGUUUAUCGAAACAGUGCUGACCGAAUGUCGCUAUCCACUGCCCAAGCAAUUGAUCAAGCAAUGACUCCUAAGACAGAGGUGAAGGUGAAACUUGUCAAUGUAAGCCUCUCAGUGGAGAGUCGCACUUCAUCUUUUGAAUCACUGAGUGAUCCAUUUGAUGAUGUUCUGGCUGAGGCCCCAAAAACCGGGGCGAAAACUGAUCUUGAAUGGGUAAGGGUGGUCGUGACGGCUGACCCAGGACUUCAAAUGGAAAGCAUUCCUGAUCCAGCAGUCCCGCGUAAAAAGGAACAUCGCCGUGUUCCAAGUACUGUUGCCAUGGAGGAAGUAAGGGCUGCUGCAGCGAAGGGAGAGGCACCUCCAGGCCUUCCUCUCAAAGGGGCUGGUCAGGAUUCGUCAGAUGCACAACCAAGGGCCAAUGGUGGAAUGCUUCAGGAAGGUGAUGCCUUAUCAGGUGAACUUUGGGAGGGAAAGCGGGAGAGAAUUCGUAAAGUUUCAGUAUAUGGCAAAUUACCUGGUUGGGACCUGCGUUCUAUCAUUGUGAAGAGUGGUGACGACUGUCGGCAGGAACAUCUUGCUGUGCAACUCAUUUCUCACUUUUAUGAUAUAUUCCAAGAAGCAGGUCUACCUCUGUGGUUGCGUCCUUAUGAAGUCUUGGUCACAUCUUCGUAUACUGCCCUAAUAGAAACAAUUCCAGAUACGGCUUCUAUUCAUUCUAUCAAAAGUAGAUACCCCAACAUCACAAGCCUACGUGAUUUCUUUGCUGCAAAGUAUAAAGAAAACUCUCCGAGUUUUAAGCUCGCGCAGAGGAAUUUUGUUGAGAGUAUGGCCGGAUAUUCUUUGGUCUGUUACCUUCUGCAGGUAAAAGAUCGGCAUAAUGGAAAUCUUCUCUUGGAUGAAGAGGGUCACAUUAUACACAUUGAUUUUGGCUUUAUGCUUUCGAAUUCUCCUGGUGGUGUAAACUUUGAGAGUGCUCCAUUUAAGUUAACCCGGGAACUUCUUGAGGUCAUGGAUUCAGAUGCUGACGGGGUUCCAAGUGAGUUCUUUGACUACUUCAAGGUGCUAUGCAUUCAAGGAUUCCUUACAUGUCGAAAGCACGCUGAGCGAAUUAUCCUCUUAGUUGAAAUGUUACAGGAUUCGGGUUUCCCUUGCUUCAAAGGCGGUCCACGAACCAUUCAAAACCUAAGAAAGCGAUUCCAUCUAAGCUUAACCGAAGAGUUUGCUCUCGUUCUCUUUUUUUGUUUGGGUUGGAUCACGAAACUAGCAAUGUGUCUCUUUGGUGCUUUCUCUCAUAAGCAGUAG